AUGGGGGCGCCCCCGGGCUACCGGCCCUCGGCCUGGGUGCAUCUGCUGCACCAGCUGCCCCGCGCCGACUUCCAGCUCCGCCCGGUGCCCAGCGGCUUCGCGCCCCAGGAGCAGGGGUACCAGCAGGCCCUGUUGCUGGUGGCGGCCUUAGCAGGUCUGGGCCUGGGCCUAAGCCUCAUCUUCAUCGCUGUCUACCUCAUCCGCUUCUGCUGCUGCCGACCCCCCGAGCCCCCAGGGACCAAGAGCCCCCAGUCCGGGGGAGGCUGCGUGACCUGGAGCUGCAUUGCUGCCCUUCUCGUCGGCUGCAUCGGGAUUGGCAUCGGUUUCUAUGGCAACAGUGAAACCAGCGAUGGGGUGUCCCAACUCAGCUCUGCACUGCUGCAUGCCAACCACACACUCAGCGCCAUCGACCACCUGGCAUCAGAGACGGUGGAGAGGCUAGACCAGGCGGUGAGGACGGAGCUGACCACACUGGAGGAGGUGCUUGCCCAGCGCACGGAGCUGGUGGCUGCUGCCCGGGGUGCCCGGCGGCAGGCCGAGGCGGUGGCCCUGCAGCUGCAGGGGCUGGCCUUCUGGCAGGGCGUGCCCCUGAGCCCCCUGCAGGUGGCUGAGGAGGUGGCCUUCGUGGAGGAGUACAGGUGGCUGGCCUACGUCCUCCUGCUGCUGCUGGAGCUCCUGGUCUGCCUGUUCACGCUGCUGGGCCUGGCGAAGCAGAGCAAGUGGCUGGUGGUCGUGAUGACGGUGAUGAGUUUCCUGGUGUUGGUGCUGAGCUGGGCCUCCAUGGGCCUGGAGGCGGCCACGGCUGUGGGCCUCAGCGACUUCUGCUCCAAUCCUGAUACUUAUGUUCUGAACCUGACCCAGGAGGAGACUGGGCUGAGCUCAGACAUCCUCAACUACUAUUUCCUCUGCAACCAGGCGGUGUCCAACCCCUUCCAGCAGAGGCUGACUCUGUCCCAGCGAGCUCUGGCCAACAUUCACUCGCAGCUACAGGGCCUGGAGCGUGAAGCUGUGCCUCAGUUUCCCUCCGCACAGAAGCCUCUGCUGUCCCUGGAGGAGACACUGAAUGUGACGGAAGGAGACUUCCACCAGCUGGUGGCGCUGCUGCACUGCCGCGGGCUGCACAAGGACUAUGGCGCCGCCCUGCGGGGCCUGUGUGAGGAUGCCCUGGAGGGCCUGCUCUUCCUGCUGCUGUGCUCCCUCCUGUCCGCUGGGGCCCUGGCCACCGCCCUGUGCAGCCUGCCCCGCGCCUGGGCCCUCUUCCCGCCCAGGAGUCCAAGCGCUUUGUGCAGUGGCAGUCGUCUAUCUGAGCCCCUCCUCCCCGCCUGCCUGGAGCCCGCCUCCCCUCUCCGCUCCCUCCCUGGCUGCCGGAGGAGACCCCACUAACCUGAUGCUCCUGGCAAUGGACACCCCGAGCCGGGCUGCCUCCCACCUGAUCCUGCACCCCCCAUCCGUCCUUAGCCUGGGGGUCACCCAUGGGCCAAGCCAAGGACCAGGGCUAGGGGAUAGGAAUCCCCCUGGCCCUGCCAUGCCCCACUGGGCCUGGGACCCCGGACUGGAACUUGUGGCACUAACUUGCAAGGGUUCACUUGAAAUAAAUGGGAAGACUUCUAUUUUA